UUAUCCUGGAGUUAAAUUUUAAUUUAUUUAUGUUUAUUUCUAAUCUACUCCUAGUUUUUUAGUAAUUUUCAAAAUUAUAUAGUUUCGUUAACGUUGUUCCAUUUAAUAUUUCCAUUAUUGAUCAGGAGUAUUUGAAGAAAAUUAUUUCAUUAAUUUAAUGUGAUGGCCGUACAAAUACCGUUACUUUUUAAAUCAUGUAGUUCAUUAAUAACCUGACAUUAAUCAUGCGGCUAUGGAACGUUUGAUUUGUGCCGUGCCGCUUUUUAAAUAAAAAUUUUGAUUUAAAAUACUUUCAAAUAUUGCAUAAAUUAUUAUUAAGUUGUAUACAUCAAGAAUCAUUAAUUUAUUAAGUAUUGAUAAAUUAACUACUGAAUAAUAAUAAUGGAUUCCAAAUUUAACAAUUAUGAAUAUCAAAUGAUCAAAAAGUUUACCUCUGUAUUCUACAAUAGAGAGUGUAGUCUUCUUGACAUGGUGAAAAUGUGUAAUAAGACAAGUGUAUGGCAUGAAUUAUUAACAUAUUUGUUGUCAUCUGAUGGCAUAAUGUCCAUUUACAAAUUACAGUAUUCGCCCUGUUCAGAAAAUAAUAAAGCUGAUAUUCUUGUGUAUUCUCGGCCUAAUUGUUUGAUCAAACGCAAAAUAAGAGCUGCAUUACGCUCUAAUGAAGGACAUAUUCAAUGUUCACAAAUUAUAAAACAAUCUAAUAAUUGCCUGCCAGAUGACACAAAUUAUAUUAUUGAUAUGAUAGAAAACUAUCCUUUACGCUUGUUAACCUUUUUAAAAACUGAAUUGGAUAAGUAUCAAACAUCAUUAAAUAUACCAUACUCAACACCAUUAUCUAGGUAUUUAAAUAAAUACAAUCUUAUCGAAUUACAUUUAGACAAUAUAUUGACAAGUGGAGAUAAUAGUAAACUUCCAUUUGAACUAUUUUACUGUAAAAAUGUUAAAAUAUUAUCGUUAAAGCAUAAUUAUUUGCGUCAAAUACCAAGUACUAUCGGUAGACUAACUAAUUUGGAAGUCCUUGUAUUGACUGACAAUUUACUGACUGUUCAAUCAAUACCUUUUAGUCUAACAUUUUGUACUAAACUUCGUGAAUUAUAUGUCGAUCACAACCAGUUAGAAGCAUUACCAGGUUUUAUAACUAGUAUGACACAUCUAGAAAAAGUUUAUAGGCUUGGCAAUCGUAACUACUUUAAAUCAUUUUUCUUGUGGUACCACACUGAUUAUGAUCACCGAGCGCAUAAAGAUAUUUGGAAAAAUAACUGGAUUAAAGAAUCUAAUCCUAGACCAUUAAUACCAUCAUUAUUAGAUAUUUGUGUGGAAAAAGUAUUUUCUAGUGGUCUAAAUUUUUUCAUUGAAGAAAUUCCUGAAUCUUUAAAACAUUACAUGUCUUUAGUAUAUUUAAAUUAUAAUAUUUGUAAUUUUUGUAAUGUUGCAACAAACUGUUCAAUACCAGGUUACAGUACUGUGACAUUUCAAAAUCCAUACUUAGGUAAUACUUGUGUACCAUUUCAGCAUUGGGCCUGUUCCAAACAGUGUGCAUCAGCAAUUGAUGGUCCAGCUAAAAAGUUACAGCUAGAAGGAGCAAAGAAAUGGGAUUAUGAGUACUCUCAUUAUGUAGCUAGAUCUAGUAAUUUAUUACAAACUACUAGAGAAACAAGUCUAGAUAUUUCGUUAAAUUUAGCUAAUGAGAGCACUUAUAAUUUAAAGAAAAAAAACAGUUGUUGCAGUAUUUGUUGAUAGUUCUGUUACUUAUUAAAAAGCAUAUUUUCAAGUUAAAUAACUAGUAUCAUAUUAUGAUUAUAAUUUUAUAAGACUGAGUUUAUAUUCUAAAAAUAUGAAUUGUGAUAGUGUCCUAUUUGGUCACCAACUAUUUAAUUUUAAGCUGUUAAACAAAUUCAGUUGUUCUGUUUAUAUAGGUAACAAAUAAAAUUAUUCAUUAUUUUCAA